ACGCCUCUUUUCAACCACUUCAAGACUAUCACUGCUGACUGGACCAAGAUUCCUGAGAAACACACUGACCAGUACAACCAGGUGAAUGCCAUCUCUAUAGCCUGCAGUACAGGAGUAGCAGGCUGUGAGGAGCUGACUACAGGCUGGUUCAAAGACUGGAUGAAAACGCCCGAGAACAACACGAUUCACCCCAACCUGAGGCAGACGGUGUACUGCAGCGCCAUCGCAGCAGGAGGGGUGGAGGAGUGGGACUUCGCCUGGAGGAUGUACAGAGAGGCUUCCAUUGCCUCUGAGGCUGACAAGCUGAUGUAUUCCCUGGCCUGCACCAGGGCUCCCUGGCUACUGAACAGGUAUCUGAACUACUGUCUGGAUCCAGAGAAGAUUCGGAAACAGGACGCCACAUUCACCAUUGUGUACAUUGCUGGUAAUGUUGUGGGCCAGUCUUUGGCUUGGGACUUUGUCAGAACCAACUGGAAUCACUUAUUUAAUGAUUAUGGAGGGGGAUCGUUGUCCUUCGCACGGCUCAUUGAUGGAAUCACCAGGCGCUUCUCCUCAGAGUUUGAACUGAAACAGGUAUUAGAGGGCAUUGUGGAGAGCAGUAGAGACCGAUCCAUCUGUGGAUCUGUGGGGGCGGUAGGAGAACUGGACUGGGUCCACAGUGUCUGGGAUGAUGGUGUUGAUGUGAACCACGACCAGCCUUUCAAAGCCCUUUCACGGCUACAGAUGCCAGUGCUACGGGCGUAUGAACUACAGUACAGGGAAGUAGUAGGAUUCCCCUUUGACCUCUCCAUGUCCAGUAUGAACUACAGCACAGGGAAGUAG